AUGAAGCUCAACGUCAAGAACAUCCGAUACCUCACGCCUGAGGACUGGCGCGUCCUCACAGCGACAGAAAUGGGCUCACGCAACCACGAAGUCGUCCCAACCUCACUAAUCUCCUCGAUAUCCGGCUCAGGCAUCGGCGUGCACAAGUCGAUCUCGAACCUCGCCAAAAUCGGCCUGAUCGCGAAAGUAAAAAACGCAAAAUACGACGGCUACCGCCUGACCUAUGGCGGCCUGGACUACCUCGCGCUGCACACGCACACCAAAGGCCACACCGUGUUCAGUGUCGGGAACCAAAUCGGUGUCGGCAAGGAAAGUGACAUCUUCGUAUGUGCGAGUGAAGAGGGCCGGCAGUUGGUGCUCAAGAUCCAUAGAUUGGGAAGGAUAUCGUUUCGCACGGUGAAGGCGAAUCGAGAUUAUUUGAGGAAUAGGCAGGGCGGGAGUUGGAUGUAUAUGAGCCGGCUGGCGGCGAUCAAGGAAUAUGAGUUCAUGAAAGCCCUGCGGCGCGAAGGAUUCCCUGUCCCCGAGCCCGUCGGGCAGAACCGACACACAGUGAUCAUGGGUUUGAUCGACGCGUUUCCCAUGCGCACGAUCUCCAAGGUUGGGGACCCAGCGACUCUGUACUCUGAGUUGCUGGACUUCAUUGUGCGGUUUGCGCAGCACGGGCUGAUCCAUGGCGACUUCAACGAGUUCAACAUCCUGAUCGAGGAGAAGUUCGAGGGAGACGAGCGCGUGCAACUCAUACCGACGAUUAUCGAUUUCCCGCAGAUGGUGUCGAUUGACCAUGCGAAUGCGGAGUACUACUUUGACCGCGAUGUAGCGUGUAUCAAGCGAUUCUUCGAAAGACGCUUUGGUUUCACAAGUGACGAGCCAGGUCCGUUCUUCAAGGACGCUAUCAAGAAGGUGGUCAAGAGGCUAGACGUCGAAGUAGAGGCUUCAGGCUUCAGCAAGAAGAUGGCGAAGGAGUUAGAUGUCUACAUGAAAGAGCAUGGUAUUGAUGGCGAUGCUGGUGGUGCUGAAGAGGACCAUGGGGACAAUGACGAGGACGACUUUGAAAAUGAAGUCUUGGAUGGCGAGGAAGAAGAAGCCGGUGGUGUUUCGCUGCUGGACGGGGCUGACACAGAGGGUGUGCCGACCGCAGAGGAACCUUCAUUGGAAAAGCAAACACCUGCUGCUGUUGCCUCUCAGAUGACAUUGCUCGACAUUCGAGACAAUGACCCCUUGCCGGAUUUGAGCGAAUGCAAGCCCCGCCCACAAUCGACUAUGACGACCAAAGCCGCAAAAAAGAAGGCUGGUUGGGCUAUUUGA